AGGCCACGGCAGACUGUACCCUCGUGCUCUUUCAGUGGGGUCAUUCGGUUCCCCCCUCCUUCUCUCUCUCUCUCUCUCUCUCUCUUUAGGGUUUCUCUCUCCCCUAUCCAUGGCUGACGUGGAAUACAGAUGCUUCGUCGGCGGCCUCGCCUGGACAACCGACGACCAGGCCCUCGAGCGGGCCUUCUCUCAGUACGGUGAAGUCCUCGAAUCGAAGAUCAUCAACGACCGAGAGACUGGCAGAUCGAGGGGGUUUGGAUUUGUGACGUUCAAGGAUGAGCAAUCGAUGAGGGACGCAAUCGAGGGGAUGAACGGCCAGGACCUUGACGGCCGUAACAUCACCGUCAACGAGGCUCAGUCGCGUGGCGGCGGUGGAGGUGGUCGUGGAGGAGGUGGAUAUGGUGGUGGCGGAGGUGGACGUGGCGGAGGCGGAUAUGGUGGCCGCGGAGGCGGUGGAUACGGAGGUGGAGGUGGUGGAUACGGAGGCGGUGGCGGUGGAGGCAGAUAUGGAGGUGGUGGGGGCGGAUACGGUAGCAGCGGCGGUGGGCGUUACGGAGGCGGAGGCGGCGGAAGGUACUCGAGUGGAGGCGGUGAUUCGGGUGGAAGCUGGAGGAAUUAAGAUUUAGAGGGGUUUGGGUUUGGUCAUUUGUGGCUUUUUUUUCCAAGUGGUUCUGUUUGGUGCUAUUCUCUUGUUCCGGGUGUUCUGUCAUGGUUACUGUUCUCGUUGGUUGCUUCAGUCACUGUACUGUUUUUGACCGAUUGUUUGCUGGUUUUGCACUUUACGUUUCCGAUAUCAAAAUGAAGUUUCGAUGAAUGAAAGCAAAUGAAUUGAGUUGGACUUCAAA